CCUGCUGAGCCACAGUUUGACUGGGCAGUGAAAUAUGGUGGUAUUGUUUGUUAUCAUGGCAUCGUGAAUAGGCCGAUAAUUUCGGUUACGGAUCCUCAAAUUUUACAAAAAAUUUUAGUUAACAAUGCAUAUGACUUUCCAAAACCUUCUUAUAUGAUCACUGAUCUUAAAGCAAUAUUGGGAGAUGGAAUAUUAAUGUCCGAAGGUGAUGCACAUAAACGACAGAGAAAAAUGAUGAAUCCUGCAUUUACAUUUACAAAUGUUAAGGAAAUGGUGCCAACAAUUGCUCGCGUUGCGCACCAAUCAAAAGAAAUAUGGAAAAAUCAAAUUGACGAUGAAGAAGAAAAGCGGCUAAUAAUCUCGUCAUUUUUAUCAAAAGUAACUUUGGACAUUAUUGGAUUGGUUGGAUUUAAAGAUGAAUUCAACAAUGUCACAUCAGAAAAUGAACUAGCGAAUGCUUAUACACGGAUUUUUCAUCACAAAAGAACAGCCUUGAAUGUGGCACUUUCAGUAUUAGUACAUUACAUUCCAUGGAUUAGGAAACUUCCAUUACCAAGAAACCGUGAAAUACGCAGAUGUAUUAAAAUUAUUGAAAAAGCCGCUUUAAAAUUGGUAAAAGAAAGACAAGAAUUUUUUAGAGAAGGAAAACCGAUAGGCAAAGAUUUGUUAUCGUUACUAGUUAGUAUUAAUGAAAAUUUACCUGAAGUGGAAAAAAUGUCUGAUACGGAAUUGAAGCAUCAAAUAAUGACAUUCCUAACGGCGGGACAUGAAACCACAAGUUCUGCGGCUUCCUGGUCAUUAUAUUUACUCGCACAGCAUCCUGAAAUUCAAGAUCGUCUUCGUAAAGAAUUAAUCGAAGCAUUUCCUGAUCCCAAUUUUGAGCCGACAUUUGAUGAAAUUAAUUCUUUGGAAUAUUUAGAAUGUGUUAUUAAAGAAUCCAUGAGAAUUAUUCCACCAG